AUGGAAGAAGCACAAGCUGAAGCAAGAAAUCGAGCUGAGUAUGAAGCGAGAGUGGAAGCUGAAGUUGAAGCUCGGAUUCUUCGCCAGAAAGAAGAAGAAGCUGAACGUGAUGCUCAGAGACCAUUGAGGGAAAUCACUGCCCCUCGUAUGAGCUAUACAUAUGAGGGCAGCGUUGUCCAUCCAGCAGACAUACCGGACAACUUUCAGAUUCCACAUCAUUAUAUUCAGUUGGUGAGCCAGCAUCAGUUUGGAGGUAAAGCUACUGAGGAUCCGCAUGCUCACAUGGACAGAUUCACCAGACAUUGUGAGUCUCUGAAAAGGCGUGAAGUCAGCUUGGAUACAGUCCGGAUGAUUCUUUUUCACUACACUUUGAAGGAUGUUGCAGAAGAUUGGUUGAGGUCACAACCCCCUAACAACAUUCGAACAUGGGAGGACUUGGCGGAAAAAUUUAUCGCCAAAUUCUUUCCAUCCACACGCAUCAGAAAGGCGAAGCAUGAAAUUUAUGCAUUUAAACAGAGCAAAUCUGAAAAUUUGUAUGAGGCUUGGAAGCGAUUCCAAGAACUUCUGAGGAAGUGUCCAGGUCAUAAUAUUUCUGCCGGUGAACAAGUGGACAAAUUCUACUCAUCAUUGUGUGAGUACGCAAGAGGUAUGUUGGACGCAACAGCUAAUAGUGCAUUUGAUUCACUGCCUGCACACAGAGCUCUUGAGAUCAUCGACAAUUUGGCCACUAGAUCUUCACAGUCGGAUUAUGAUAGGGAGAAUCGGGAAAGUGUGCAUGAAGUUAGAACAAAUGAUGAUGUUCUCGCCUCCAAUAGGAAGUUGUCACAAAAGAUGGAUUCCAUAGUACAACGUUUGGACGGUCGGAAACCAAGUGUUGAAGAUGCUGAUUUUGACGAGGAAGUGAAGGCAAUGGGUAAUCCUCAAAACAACCCUUACUCAAAUACCUACAAUCCGGGUUGGAGGAAUAACCCUAACUUCUCAUGGAGAGAUCAAGACAAGUUUGGAAAUUCGAGGCAGUACUCUAAUAAAAGGGGUUAUAGUCAAGAUCAAAAACCUCCGUCCUCUCAAGAGCAAGGAAGUGGAAAGAAGAGCCUGGAAGAUAUUGUGGGAGAACUGGCACAAGCUACUAGCAAGCUUCAAGUGUCGACAGAUAGCUUCAUCAAAGAAUCCAGAAAUAUCUUUAAGAAUCAGGAGGCUUCGAUAAAAAAUUUGGAGAAUCAGGUCGGUCAAAUUUCCAAACAGUUAUCUGAGAGACCUCCAGGUAUGUUUCCUAGUAACACUGUGCCUAAUCGUAGGGAGAAUUUUUCUGCUGUUACUCUAAGAAGUGGAAAAGUUAUGCAUGGAAUUGAAAAGAAAAAAAAUAAUUAA